AUGAAGCACUCAAAGGACGGUAAAAGGACGAAAAGCUACGAUGGAAACGGAGCAGAGCUCCUUCUUGAUGACGAAGAGGCGCUUAUUCUGAAGCAGCAGACAAUGGAAGACGAGGAACCGCUUGUGAAACGGGAAGAUGAAUCGAUGGAGUAUGCAAGCCCGUCGCCGCUAUCAGCGCAGAAACCUGCUGCGGCCUGGGCAGUUGGAGGCCUCGGCAUAUUGCUCCUUUUGGUGAUGGUUCUUGUGGUUCACGGUCGCCCUUUACAGGCCCCACGCGUGACCCGAUUAGCGACCGAGGCAACCACGUGGGUAGAGAUGCUGCCACCUGACGUUGUCAGUCAUUUGGAUAAAGAAGUGGACCCAUGUGACGACUUGUACACGUUUAGUUGUGGCUCAUGGCAGAGAAAUGUGGAGAUCCCGGAAGACACGUCGAGUGUGUCCUUGUCAUUUUCUACAUUACAAGAUAAGAAUGAAAAGGUGGUGAAAAACGGAAUGCAGCAUGGUUGGCCGAUCGAAAGCGAGUUGUACGACUCGUGUAUGAACUUUAACAACACGAGUAGUACGACGGCGGAUGACGCGUCGUUAAAAGUCCUGUUGCCGGUGUUAGAGCAAAUUGCUACGACGAAAACCAAGAAGAAGCUGUUUCGAUUGGCAGGAGUUUUGUACCAAUCGGGAACAAACUUGGUGACAGAACUUAGUGUUUAUGCAGAUGCUCGAGAGGCGACCGUGCACGUGUUGUAUGCAUGGCAGAAUGGACUGUCACUGCCAGAUAUCCAGUAUUAUUUGGAUCGUAAGAUGUUUGACUCUAUCAGUGACGCAUUCCAUGCGUAUGUGGUAAAGUUGUUUGUGCUGGUUGGAUGGGAGCCACGUGCAGCAGCAUCGCAAGCUUCCACAGUGAUUGGCUUUGAACAAAUGCUUGCACCGCUUUAUGAACCGCUGGAUGAUCCUGUCGCAACGUACAAUCGUAUGAGCGUGGCCCAAGCUGCUGAUAAAUAUCCGUUGGUUUUCUCACACUUCUUGAACGGCGUAGGGUUGCUAAGGAAUCUCACAGAUCAGAACGCUGACGUGAUCGUGCGAACGCCCGAAUUUUUUAGACGGGUUGAAAAGCUCGUGACUGGAGAUUCUGUGACUUUGAAGACCUUGAAAGCUGUACUGAUCGGUCAGAAGCGUUCCCCGCGAUGGAAAGCGUGCCUUGACCUUGUUACCGCCAGCUUUCCUGCUUUAGUGGGCAAGUAUUUUGGACACCUUCAGUUCGACAAGGCUAGCGAGCAACUUGCCAGCCAACUUGUAGCGCAAGUGAAAGUGUCGAUGCGGAAGAACAUCAAGCAGGCGGAUUGGCUGGACGGGCCAACUCGGCAGGCCGCUAUUGAAAAAGUAGGCAAGAUGACCCAUCUUAUUGGGUAUUCGACUCUCUUCGAGCACUUUCCAUACAAACUACACGGCGACGCAUUACUUACAGACAAUAUGCGGAUCAUCAUGAAGCAUCAGUUUAAUCAAGUCAUAGGACGGAUCGGUGGUCCAGUGAACCGCAACGAAUGGACAACUUCGAGUGCUGAUGUGAACGCGAUGUAUAACCCGACCAUGAACCAGAUCAUACUCCCUGCUGGCAUCCUAAGUCGCCAUUUUUCGCUUCUGAAUCCCACCCUGCACGCAACUUUGGUUCUAUUGGUUUUAUCAUCAGUCACGAACUCACGCAUGGCUUUGAUAGUUCUGGAAGAUACUACGCCAGUGACGUUUGCAGUGACGAGUAAUGCAGAUCAUAAUAAGGUGUUGGGCCACGUCGACGGGACUUACACUUUGAUGGAGAAUAUCGCCGACAAUGGCGGCCUCAAGUUGUCGUUUAACGCAUAUCAAACCUACAUUAAGAAGCAGGUCCGAGAGCUGAGCAAGGUCAGUGAAACCGAAGCGACAAAGCUGAUUAGUCCAAUGAGCCAAGUCGAGCGCAGCUUACCUGCUGACGUAGCGGACAAACUUUUCUUCAUCUCGUUUGCUCAGACAUUCUGCGGUAAGGCAAGCGACAUCAUGAUGAAAGAAAGCUUAAUCACAGACUCGCACUCGCCCCCGCGCUGGCGCAUUAACGGAGCUGCAAGCAAUUCGCACGACUUCGCACGCGUGUUUUCGUGUCCCGCUAGCUCGCCCAUGAACCCGAAGACUAAGUGUCAGCUAUGGUAG